CGCGUUCUAUGCCCGUUUCAACGUCGGAUUCGCGAUCCUCUUCGCGUUUCGGACAUUUUCCACCGAUCACAUUCUCAUUUCGGUGCCUCGUUCGGCGUUCUCGCCUUUUCGGGGUUCGUUUCCCUCACUUUCCUCUUCAUUUCCGUGCCUCUUCACAUUCCGGCCUUCCCGGCUAUUUCCGACCUUCUCGGGAGUUGACUUUUCAGUUGGCUCUUCGCAUUCCGGCUCGGUUUUCCCUUUUCCGGCCAUUUUCACACCACUCUCUACAUGGCGGACGACAUUCCACGUGGCGGGACUCCCCCGGACCACGAGAUGGAUCCCGGGGUCGAGCUCUUACCACUGAGCGAGCGCCCGUUCGACCCGGCGACCUACCGGCCGGCGAUCCACGUUCUGCCCCCAGACGGCCUGCGUCAGUUCCGGAGCUUUGAGAGGUACGCGGCCCCUGAGCUACUGCUGCGUGAGCCUACCUCCCACCUUUCAUUCGGCACUCCCGAGGAGGGUUCCCAUACCAUUCGCGGGUAUGGGAAUACUGGUGCACGGGAGUGGUAUGAUGAGCUCCCUGAUGCGGUCCAGCGCAUCGUGGACCGGGCGGGCUUCGGCACCUUCUGCCGAGGGCUCUCUAGGCUCUCCACAUGCUGACCUCUCCUUGCUGCUUUGGCGGAGUGGUGGUGGGACACCACCGACUCUUUCCAUUUUUCUGCUGCAGGGGACAUGACGAUGACCCCUUAUGACUUCUCGAUGGUCAUAGGCAUCGGGGUAGGGGGGAUCCGAUCCCUUUCGACACAGACAUGGAUGAGUGGACCGCCGCUCAGGUCCAUCUACUGGGGGAGGCCCCGCCCCUAGCUCGUCCAGGCUUCGUCCGGUACUCCUGGUUCGAGGCACAGUUCCGGGUCCAGCCCGUAUUGGAGGAGGUGCAGAUGACCCCAGAGGACGAGGAGAGGUACGCUCGCGGGUUCCUCAUGUUCCUAUUCGGGACUACCAUCUUCGCCGACCGGGCGAACAC